AUGAGGCAGGACGCAAAACAUUUUAUCGCUUAUAGGAAGAUGUCGAGGGCUAAAAGGAACGAUAAUCGUCCGGUAACAGAUAAAGAACUGCAGGAGAUUGUAGGUAAUCUUGGGAACAGUCCAGAUCAUGAAAAUGGAUAUGAAAUUGGAGAAUUUUCGGAUAGCGAAAACGAUUAUGAGACGGAGGAGGAUGAGGAAGACGAUGAACAAAGUGCUUGUGAAAAUAAACAGAACAGUGAUAAUGAAAAUAAAGAACACAGUGAAAAGGAAAGUGAACAAGCUGGUGAGAAUAACAGUAAACAAGUUAGUGGAAAUAACAGUGAACAAAACAAUGCUAAUGAGAAUGAACCAAGCAAUGAGCAAAAGAGACCUCCAAGAGCGACAAGAGCGUUCUAA